UCGUUCAAUGUUUUAAAGUUUAAACAUUUUCUUUAUAGACUCCAAACUUUACAUAUCAAAGACCUCCAUUUGAAAUCAACGGCAAUUGAUAGUUGAUUGACAUCUUGAAAAAUGUAGGAUUUCUUGUUCGAACCAAUCUCUGACAAAGAAAUUGUCAAAUUGUGUUAAAAUUGAAAACCUGGUUUCAAUCGUUGUUCAGAACUUCAAGAUUUCACCAUGAAUAAAUCAUAUUCAGAACCUAACUACCAAACCUUCGCAGCCACAAUUAAAUCUUUUGCUGCAAAAGCCAACAUCAAAUUCGGAAAAUGUCUUCACAGCUCUGUAAUCAAACUAGGUUUACAAUCUUGUGUCAUCGUCUCCAAAUCACUGCUUAAUAUGUACGCAAAAUGUAAGGCUCUUGACGAUUGCCAUAUCCUUUUUAACCAGAUAACCCAUCCGGAUGCUGUCACCUGGAACAUUAUGCUGUCUGGUUUAGCGGGCACUCGGGUUCAUGAUAUUGAGGUGAUGAAGUUGUACAAAACUAUGAAUUUGGUACAGCAUUUUAAGCCGAGUUCAGUUACGGUUGCUAUUGUUCUUCCUGUUUGUGUAAGGUUAAAGGGUUUGCGCUUAGGGAAGAGUAUUCAUUCGUACGUGAUAAAGUCAGGACUAGAGUCGCAAACCCUUGUUGGAAAUGCUCUUGUUUCUCUGUAUUUUAAGCUAGGGUGUGUUUCAGGUGAUGCAUACCAAGUGUUUGAUGAAGUGUCUGAAAGAGACGUUGUAUCUUGGAACGCCAUGGUUGCAGGGUUGGUGGAGAAUGGAUUGUUUCUUGAAGCUUUUUCAAUGUUUAGACAGAUGAUAGUGGAAGGAACAUCGCCUAAUUACGCUACAAUAGCCAACAUACUCCCUGUUUCUACAUACCAUUUUGGGAAAGAGAUCCAUUGUUACACAAUACGAAGGGAAGAACUCUUUCUUGACAUUUCUAUUGCGAAUUCACUUCUGCGUUUCUACUCAAAUAUCGGACAAAUGAAGGAAGCUGAAUCUCUCUUCAAAAGAAUGCAUUCAAAAGAUUUGGUUUCUUGGAAUUCCAUGAUUGCAGGUUACACUUCAAAUGGUGAGUGGUUAAAAGCUUUGGAAUUCUUUCAAAAGUUCAAUUCAUUGAAUUUAGCAAAACCCGACUCUGUCACUUUCCUAACCCUUCUCUCUACUUGCACAAACUUACAGAAUUUGAAGUUUGGGAAACAAAUCCAUGGCUAUAUAAUCCGUCAUUUUAAUCUAUACAACAUGACAUCAGUUAGUAAUUCCCUAAUAAACUUUUACUCAAAAUGUGGCGAUUUGGUAUCUGCAUUUCACACAUUCUCAUUGAUUCAAACCAAAGACUUGAUAUCAUGGAACUCGAUUCUUCUAACACUUGCAGAAGGUCAGCUUGUUGUUGACUUUCUUGACCAGUUACAUUCCAUGUUCAUGGAAGGUGUAAAACCCGACUCCAUAACUAUCAUAACCACACUUCAACUUAGGGGUAUGGUUAAAGAAGCUCAUGGUUUUUCACUUAGAUCUCAUUUAUUACUCAACAGUAAAGAACCUACACUUGGAAACGCAUUGAUUGAUGCAUAUUCUAAAAGUGAAAACAUGGAAUAUGCGUUAAAAGUAUUCAAAAACUUAUCAACAAGAAACAUCAUCACUUCCAAUUCUCUGUUAUCUGGUUAUGUCAACAGUGGGUCCCAUGAGGAUGCGAGUAUUAUAUUCAAGAACAUGAUAGAAAGAGAUUUAACCACUUGGAAUUUGAUGAUUCGGGUGUAUGCUGAACAUGGUUACACUGAUGAAGCUGUAAAUUUGCUUCAUGAAUUACAAAAUCAUGAAAUAAAACCGGAUUCCAUGACCAUAAUGAGCAUACUUCCUGUUGUUAAUCAAAUGGUAUCUAUGGAUAUGGUGAAACAGUGUCAUGGAUAUGUGGUUAGAGCUUGUUUUCAAGAUGUUCAACUCAAAGGAGCUUUGUUGGAUUCGUAUUCAAAAUGUGGAAGCAUAAAUUAUGCAUGUAAGAUUUUUGAGACAAGUGUUUAUAAAGAUUUGGUUAUGUUUACAUCUAUGGUUGGAGGGUAUUCGAUGCAUGGAAUGGGGGAAGAAGCUCUUAGGGUUUACUUUCAAAUGCUUGAGAAUGGUGGAAAACCAGAUCAUGUUGUGAUAACUUCGGUUCUUUCUGGUUGUAGUCACGCAGGGUUAGUUGACCAAGGUUUGAAAAUCUUUGACUCUAUAGAUCAUGUGCAUGGAUUACAACCAACAAUGGAGCAAUAUGUUUGUGUGGUGGAUCUUCUUGCAAGAAAUGGUCGGAUUAAUGAGGCGUAUAGUUUUAUUAAAAAUAUGGCGGUUGAACCGAAUGCGAACGUGUGGGGGGCGUUGUUGGGCGCGUGUAAGAAUCAUGAUGAUGUGGAAAUGGGAUGUGUUGUAUCGGAUCAUCUUUUGGGAAUUGAGGAUAAUAAUAUGGGGAAUUAUGUUGUGAUGUCGAAUAUUUAUGCUGCUAAAGAUAAAUGGGAUGAAGUUUUGGAAAUAAGGAAGUUGAUGAAGAGGAAGGAUUUGAAAAAACCCGCGGGUUGUAGUUGGAUUGAAGUUGAUGGGAGGAAAAAUGUGUUUAUAGCGGGAGAUACUUCUCAUCCGCUAAGAACGAGUAUUGUUAACAUGUUAGAGAACUUUGAUAAACAAGUCAAUGAGCGGUUUCAGUUAUCGUAAAGGAUCAAGAAUACCGUUGAAUCAUCUUCCCCGGUGUCGCGAAGGUUCAUCGGUUCUUCCGAUUUGCACCAUCUUCAAGAUUUAACACAAACCAUUCUUCCUACCCAAUUCUCAAUUUCAAUCACCUCUUCCGAUUGAGAAUC